UCCUGUAGAUUUUCUUUCUUCUGCUUUGUAUGGAGCCAUGCGGCAGAAGCCUACAAGGCCAAACAAGAACAAGUUUUUUACUUUCUUUCUUUCUUUGAGAUGGGGCACUCAACUUGAGUUCUUGAGAAACCCACUUGGUUUUGUGGGUUUGGAAAGAAAGAAAAUACGAAUUUAUUAAAGAUUAAAUUGAAGAAUUGAGUAACAAAUCCACCUAUUAACCAGCUAAACCUUCGAUCCAUAUCAGAUAAGGAUUUUGUUUGUUUGUUCCUAUUUAAGUUCUAAGUGGACUCGGAACGAACAAGCGACUCCUACAUAGCACGGGAUUUUCAUCCUUCUGUUUAUUUUUCGUCUCGUAUCGUAGAGCAAACUCUUACCCUCUUUUAUUUCUAUGUAUGGCCAUGUUCUAGAAACAAGUGGCUUCCUUAGCAACGAUAUGGCCGCCUUGACAAUGAAAGGCGAGGAACAAAAUACCACUACUGAUCAUGGGACUAGUUCAAAGAAGAGAAAAUUGACAAUGAUCUCUGGAUCAUCCUAUAUUCCCAUGGAAAAACUUGGGACGCUACAGGGCGAUGAUGCCCAUUUUAUUUGCGCAGAGAAGAAAACAGUUGGGGUGGCUGAUGGUGUGGGUGGUUGGUCCAAACAUGGCAUUGAUGCAGGAGAAUAUGCUAGACAACUCAUGAGCAAUGCUGAAUGUGCAGUAGUGAAUGGCGAUCCAGAGAGCAAAGUUGAUCCCACAAAAGUUCUGGAUGCUGCUUAUUCAAAGACCAAAGUUAAAGGAUCCUCCACAGCAUGCAUUUUAACACUAGAUCAAGACGAAGGCUUGACAACAGUGAACAUGGGAGAUAGUGGAUUUUUGGUGAUUAGAAAGGGUGGAGAUGUAUACAAAUCAGCAAUUCAGCAAUAUUCUUUCAACUACCCUUAUCAGCUGCAAGAUAAUGACAGGAGUAGAACCCCUAGUGGCGCACAGGUGACGACACUUCCAGUUGAAGCAGGGGACGUCAUUGUUGCUGGCACAGAUGGGCUGUUUGAUAACUUGUAUCCAAGGCAAAUAGAAGAGCUUGUUAGGACAAUGAUUGAGGGAGGCUCAGAUCCACAGGAUGUUGCUUGGGCAGUGGCUGGACAAGCUUACUGCGCAUCGAUGGAUAGAGAAGCUUUUACUCCAUUUACAGAGGGUUCUUUGGAAGCUGGAAAAUCAAGUGUUGGCGGCAAAGAAGAUGACAUUACCGUCAUAGUUUCUUGCAUUGUUGACGACGGGUUAUGAAAGUUUUAUAUCAAAAUUGAAUCAAAAUUCAGUGAUUUUGCUAGAAAAUCUUUUUUCCGAAACUAUGAAAGUAGGGGGAAAAAAUAAUAAAUAGAUGCUGCAAACCUGAAAAAUAUGCUGCAGAAAACAUUCGAACACCCCCUUUUGGUAAUCAAACGUUUACUUUUCUACUACGACAAUUUGAAAUUGAAAAUUCUCAAUUUGGACCUAAUUGACAACUUUGGGGGCAUGAUCCAUAGAACUUCUCCACAACCAAUUGCAUAAACGCACAGAGAACAUCUCAUUUAACAAUGAUAUUCCUUGAAUCUAAAUAACUUUGGGCAGUUUGCAAAAUGUAUGGCACAUUUACAAGAGAUUUACAAACCUUUCAACUCUAAG